CUGUCAGUGCGCGCUCCCGCUGCCGACAGAGCGAGCCUCGCUCGGUUCGGACAGGAGCGGAGAGUGACUGGAUUUCUGUUUUUGGAAGAAAAGGAAAAGAAAACUCCUCCGCGGGUCUCACUGUGCCUGAACUCACCGCCCCUGCUGGACUUUUCUAUCCUCCGCCCCUGUGUUGGACUCAUCUGUGAGCAUGCUGCCUUUGUUUGAUGUGAGGCUUCAUUAAGACCCGCGCGUUUCAGGACUGACUGAAAGCCUAAUUAGGGAACUUUUUUUUAUUUUUAAUGCCCCUGGGUCAGGAUGUCUUUGCCCCGCGUGGAUUACAUCGCGCCCUGGUGGACUUACUGGCUUCACAAUUUCCCUCACAUCAACUUGAGAUUUCAAGGCACGGACAAGAGCUUCCAGCCUGAAGAUGAGAACUACCAGCAGUCACUCAUAUUCCUGGGAUGUGUGGCAGCUGCUGGCCUUGGCCUCAACCUUUUAUGUUUGGCCAUCUACCUGAGCUGUUUGUGCUGCUGCAGCAAAGACGAAGAGGAGGAAAGCAAGAAGCCCAACUCGUGCUGUGUCACCUGGUCGGCUGUCGCUGCAGGUCUUAUCACAUGGUGACCGGCACCAUGGGCAACAUGAGGACCGGUCUGCACCAGCACCUCGCAAGGCUGGAUGAGAUCUUCGCCACGCGGGGCGACUACGUGCAGACCCUGCAGUUCAUGCAGCAGAUGGCCGACAACGUGAUCAAACAGCUGCUGGGCCUUCCCGACUGGGACGUGUCCAAAGUGGACCUGGCAUCCAUCGCCGAUCAAACGGCGAGCGUCGAGUAUUACAGAUGGCUGACCUACCUGCUGCUGCUCAUCCUGGACCUGAUCAUCUGCCUGCUGGCCUGUCUGGGACUGGCCAAGCAGUCCCGGUGGCUGCUCACCACGAUGAUGGUGUUUGGAGUUCUGACGUUGAUCCUGAGCUGGACGUCUCUGGGAGCUGACCUGGCCACAGCUGUGGGCACAAGUGAUUUUUGCGUGUCGCCUGACAAGUACAUCAUGAGUCAGACAAAGGGGAUCAUCACUGCUGAUAUUGUUCACUACUAUCUUUACUGCAACCAGACUCUCUCUAAUCCCUUUCAGCAGCCUCUGACCAUCUUCCAGAGGUCUCUGACCACCAUGCAGAUCCAGAUUCAGGGCCUGCUGCAGUUCGCCGUUCCUCUGUUUCCCACAGCCGAGAGAGAUUUACUGGGUAUCCAACAUUUGCUCAACACCUCCGAGGCCAGUCUGCAUCAGCUCACCGCCCUGCUGGACUGCAGGGGACUCAACAAGGACUACCUGGAUGCCAUGGUGGGGGUGUGUUACGACGGGGUGGAGGGCGUGCUGUAUCUGUGCCUGUUCUCCAUCCUUGCAGCCUGUGCCUUCACCGUUAUGCUGUGUGCCAUUCCCAGGGCAUGGAGACAAAUAGCCAGCAGAGAACGGGAUUACGAUGACAUCGACGAGGAGGACCCGUUCAAUCCACGAGCGAGGAGGAUGGGCUCCCAGAACCCCAACCACGCCAACAUGCACAGCUUCUGCAGCUACAGCAGCAGCAUGGGCAGCCAGACCAGCCUUCACCCGCCCGCUCCCACCGUCUCCAACGCCCCCAUGCCUGAGUACAUGAACCAAACAGCUCUGUUUGGAGGAAACCCUCGGUAUGAAAACGUGCCUCUGAUAGGACGAGGCUCCCCACCUCCCUCGAUAUACUCUCAGCCGUAUAGACAUCGAUACUCCCCCACUAUGAGGGCCACCUACCUGUCCAUGACCGAAGAACAAAGUAGACACUUUGGAGGCGACUUCCAAGCAUAGACUUCUUUACUUGUCGAAGGACUCUCCAAAGAAUAUAAUGUGAACAUAUCUGACGUAAACAGACCCGUGAUGUUUCCUGGACGUGAAGCACAAACCCAGCACUGACAGUUACACUGCGGGAGGAAGGGGACGGUGAAGAACAGUUUUAUUUGUCACAAACACAAAUGUGUCUGAAACAAAACUACCUUGAGGCCACAGCUUCUGUAAAUAAAUUGUACAAUAACAGACUGUUUGAUUUGAUUCGAAUUUCUUUCAAAUUUGUGCCCUUUUUUAGAGUUUUUAUAUAGUUCUGUGUGACAGUGUCACAUGAGAUCACAGUUAUUUGCAUCAUUAAUUCUAGUACAUCCAAUACAAAUCUGUUGUUUCUUAUCAGAACUUGGGAAGCUGUGACAUUCUAGCUGUGAUUAAUAUCAUUUUGUUCUUUUUAUUAUUAUUAUUAUUAUUAUUAUUAAAUCAAGCUUUCCAAACAGCACUUUUUUUAAAAAAUGACUUUUUUUUCUCUGAGAAUUUAUUUACAUGCAGUGUUGAUUAUUAAUAUUUUUUAGCAUGUUAAACUGUAAGGGCACUGAGAGCGGUGCUUAUUUUUGUGUGACCAGAAGCCUAAGGGUCUAAAUGUGAGUUGAAUAAACCAGCUUUGAAUACGAAA